GCCUGCCGCUCAGAGCGAGACCCCUCCUGGGGGUGGCAGCCGGGCGCGCCCUCUCGCGAGCCCCUGGAGACGCGGGCCACUGGAGGCGCGGGCGGCCCGUACAGCCCGAUGGGGCCACGCCGAACAGGCAGCGCCGCGCGCGCGUCGAUGCGCCGACGCCGCGCGCCCGCCAAGCGCGGCGCCGGUGCCCUCGGCGGCACCCGCGGUAGCCGCGCCUUGGCCGUGGCUAGAGCCGCCAGAGCCGCGCGGCGGCAGCGGCGCCAGCGGGCGCCGCGCGGGCGCGAGAACGUGCGCAGAGUUGGCCCUCGGACUGGCGGCCUUAGCCUCGUGGCGGGGCCGCGCCUGCAGCGCCGGCAGCCUCCUCACCACGGCCAGGUCGCGAGGGCUCUGCGGUGUGCCCAGCGGCGGGUCGCUGGCGUGCUCAAGCCUCGCCCACAGCUUCGGCGGGCGGCAGCCUCUCCGCCCAGACCCACCUGCCGUCGGUGGAGCACAGGGAGAUCCACCCCGGCCCGCGGGAGUACCUGAUCCUGGCGCGGACCCGCUGGUCAUCGGCGACGUAUGAAGACGUGCACGACCUCCAGCACCUCCACCACGGCGCCCGGGGGCAGGAGUUCGAGGUUCGAUGAUCCUCAGAAACUAUGCCGGCGCCAAAGCGUGCUUGCCCAUCCAAGCCCUUCAUCCAGUGCGAAGCAGACAUCGCAGUGUGGGCCGACACGGGCCGCGCGCCAUCGGCGGAAGCGCAAACACACCCGACUACCGACGCACUCUGGGCUAACACACGCCCUUGGGAUCAUCGAGAGGUCCGCGUCGGCCAGCCGCGGCCCGGAGCCCACCCCGGUGUGCAUGACGCACCUGUACGCGCCAGGGCCCUGCGCCCACUGCGCGAUCGCGCCCUGGGCCAGCGGGGCCUCGCCCUCCUGUGGCUGGCCUGCCUCUACGUCCUCCUCCUCCUCCUCGUCCAGGGCCUCGUGCCGGCCGUCGUCCAGGAGCAGGCCACGAAGCCCAUCCCGAAGGCGGCGGCCGCCAGCAUAAUCGCCCUCCGCCACGCGAGGGCCUCCACCAUCGCUCCUGGGGAGGAGCUGGAGGAGGGAGCAGGACGAGGGGCUGCCCAGGAACCACCAGGAGGGUGAGGGCCGGUCCUUCCUGGAGGCCUUCCUGGGGGCCUCCUGCGCCGCAAUGGCUGCGGACGAGGCGACCGCCCGCGAGCGGGAGCACACAACUCCGCCUGGCACAGGCGGGGGUGGGAGGCGCAGAAACAGCAUAGUAACUUACAAGAGAGAAAUAACCAAGCCUGGGUGGCGCGGCUGCUCCCGCACGUACUGUCAACGAGACGCCUGCUCAGGCAGCCAUUUGCGGCGGGAACGCAACGAAUGCCUGCAACAUGGCGG